AUGGGCCUCAAUUCACGCAGGUGGGUCAACAAGAAACUUCCCCCAGGUCCUCGAGGGUUACCUAUCUUGGGGAACAUCUUUCAAUUGGGAACAGGGUCAGUGUGGCUCGCCUUUGAUGAGUUGAAGUCCCGAUACGGUCCUAUUGUGUAUCUCAAUAUGGCAGGUCAAAACACCAUCGUACUCAACCACAAAGCCGCCGCCAUAGAGCUCUUGGAGCGUCGGUCCGCGAUCUACUCAGAUAGGCCCAGAUUUAUUGUCGCAGAAUACCUUGGUAGCCAGUCAGUGAUGCCAUUUACAAGAUAUGGAAAACUAUGGAAGGCCAUGCGUCGUGCAGGUCACAGAGUCCUGCACGCUCGGGCCAGCACUAAAUAUCAACCUGUUCAAAUUCAAGAAUCGAUUAUUCUCACUCAUGAUUUCGCGUCACAACCACAACUUCUUGCACCUCAUGUAUGUGACACUGGCACACUGCGUCUUACUUCGGAUGUACUCGAGACCCUCAGUAACUUGGCGCAUCGAUUCACCAGUGCUGCGUAUCCAGGAGCUCAUCUUGUCGAAGCUGUUCCAAUUUUAGAUUAUCUUCCUUCUGCAAUGGCAAAGUGGAAGAGAGAAGCGCAAAGAGACUCUCAGCACAUCACAGCUGUGGUUGAGCAGUACUACAAUGAUGCGGUGCGGAAUGACCUGCAACAAGCAACUCUUUGCGCCGGUCUAGCGACUGAUCAAGUAGCAACCGGAUUGAGUGAUAUCGAGAAUGCUUGGGUUGCAGCUACUCUUGCUGCUGGUGCUCUUGAGACUACCAGCAUUUCUUUAUCAUUCUUCCUUUAUGCCAUGUCCCAACACCAGAACGUUCAACAGCAAGCACAAAUUGAACUGGACCGUGUAGUGGGCCAGCCACGUACUCCAAACUUUGUUGACAUGGCGCAGCUUCCGUAUGUGAGGGCGAUUGUUAAAGAGGUCUUGAGAUGGCAGCCUGCGGUUCCAUUAGCUGUACCGCAUGUUGUGAUGGAGGAUGACUGGUACGAAGGGUACUUCAUUCCUAAAGGAACAACAAUUAUACCAAAUGUCUGGUCAAUGAACCGCGAUAAAGAUAUAUAUGGCCCUGACGCUGACCAGUUUCGUCCGGAGCGAUUUCUUCAGCAACAUGACUCUGGAAUGAAUGCUCAAAUAUUCACACUUCGAGCUGAGUAUGAAAAAGAUGAUGGUCAUUGUGCUUAUGGAUUUGGGAGGAGGGCCUGCGCCGGGCGACAUGUUGCAGAUAACGCGUUAUUCAUCAAUAUAUGCACAAUCUUGUGGGCUUUGCAUAUCGAGCCUGAGAUUCAUACAAACAUCGGGAGUCGAGAAGAAGUGAAGGAUAUGUUGAAGUAA